AUGCGGCCCCUCAUCGUGCUCUUCGCCUGGCUGAUGGCAACGGCAUGCGCUGCUCCGACUUUCUUCGACAAUAUCUAUGACUACUCCGACGAGCUGGCAGAGUUCUACAGCAAAGUGAGCGAGUACAUCGAUGAUGCGAAGAAUGUCUUCACUGCAUCAACAACGUGCGAUCCAUCCAAGAUAGCCUUACCCGCAUUUGCAUCCGGGCUGCCCUCUCCCGGCAACCAAAAGCCAUUAUAUGUCGCCGUUGGCCGCGGAACACAGAAUUACAGUUGCGCGACCUCAACCGCAGACUCGAAACCGGUCGCCAUAGGUGCCGUCGCAAGUCUUUACAACGCAACAUGCAUUGCAGCAAGCUACCCAGACAUGCUGGACAUGCUCCCUAACAUCGCUUAUAAGCUGCAGCUACCCAGCAACUCAUGGGCGACUCUACCUUACGCCAACCUCAAUCUACUUGGUCACCAUUUCUUCGCAGAUUCGGUACCUAUUUUCAACCUCGACACAACCCCGCAACGACAGUACGGUAUAGCGUUUACAAAGAAGCAAGCCGAACUGGCUGCGCCAUCUUCUGCAUUCAAAGGAGCCAAUGGUGCCGUUGCAUGGCUUUACCUAUCAACCAUAAAUGGCACAGUUGGAGAAUACGAGAGCGUCUACCGGGUAGAUACUGCCGCGGGAUCGCCUCCAAAGACCUGUGAGAACCAGCAAUCAGUUAUUACAGUGCAAUAUGCAGCAAAUUACUAUUUCUUUGGGAAAACUCUGAAGCUUGAAUGCGGUCGCCUGUCCUACAGCGUCCCCUGGGAGAAACGGCAAGCUAACUCGAUCUCUUCUUCAUCUUCAGGCGGACUUGGAAGCGGUGGUCGUGGCCGUGGUGGUCCCCGUGGCGGUGGCCGUGGUGGCCCUGCUCGUGGUCGCGGUGGUCCCCGCGGCGGCGGUCGUGGUGGUGCUAAGGGAGCCAGGGGUGGUGCCAAGGUCAUCAUUGAGCCUCACCGUCACGCCGGUGUCUUCGUUGCCCGUGGUGGUAAGGAAGAUUUGCUUGUCACCAAGAACUUGACUCCUGGAGAGUCCGUCUAUGGAGAGAAGCGCAUUGCUGUCGAGUCCCCUGCUGGUGAGGAUGGCGCCGUCACGAAGACCGAGUACCGUGUGUGGAACCCCUUCCGUUCCAAGCUUGCCGCCGGUAUCCUGGGUGGUCUCGAUGAUAUCUACAUGAAGCCUGGCUCCAAGGUUUUGUACCUCGGAUCUGCCAGCGGUACCUCCGUUAGUCACGUCGCUGAUAUUGUCGGACCUACCGGAAACGUCUACGCUGUCGAGUUCUCGCACCGUUCUGGCCGUGAUCUGAUUGGCAUGGCCACCCACCGUACCAACGUUAUUCCCAUCGUCGAGGACGCCAGACACCCUCUCCGCUACCGUAUGCUCGUCCCCAUGGUUGACGUUAUCUUCGCCGAUGUUGCCCAGCCCGAUCAGGCCCGUAUUGUCGGUCUGAAUGCCCACAUGUUCCUGAAGAACGAGGGUGGUGUCAUUGUCUCCGUCAAGGCCAACUGUAUCGACAGUACAGCCAAGCCUGAGGUUGUUUUUGCCCGUGAGGUGCAGAAGAUGAGAGAGGAGAAGAUCAAGCCCAAGGAGCAGCUGACUCUGGAGCCUUUCGAACGUGACCACUGUAUAGUGUCUGGUAUCUACAAGCGUUCUGCAUAA